GUUUCGGACUUGGGCAACGUGCGCAAAACAAACAGCAGAGUUGUUUUGGGAAAAAGCAAGCUGCAGUCCUGGCUGGCUGCCUGCAGAUGCAACAAGCAAAGCGCAACGCUGCGGCCGCUGGCAUUCAUGUCUCCUCCUCUCGCUGAAAUCCAAACAAGCAAACAAACUCCUUCAGCAAGGCGCGCAGAUGGCAGGCCGUGCUGGGAAGGGGAAGCAGGUAACAGCCUCAGCUGCAUGCUGGCGUGGAGUUGAGGCAGCCCUGGCUGCGGUCUUCCUGCUUGUUCUGCUGGCAGUCGCAGCACCGUCACCGGCAGCAGCAAGCGAGUGGGUGCAAUUCCAAGAGUACGAGUACAUGCUCAUCCCAGGAAAGCACAACCUGCAGAACGCAGUGAAAAAGUGCGCUGUCCUCGACGCUUACAUUGCCCUGCCGCGCAGCGUGGAGGAAAACACCUUUUUCUACGGCCUCGUCCAGCUGAAUCGACUUGGAGGCAACAAUCGCGUGAUCAUGGGGGGUGCAGACACGGCGGUGGAAGGCCAGUUUCUUUCGCUGAUUGAUGGACAACCCCUUGAGUACGACGACUGGGGUCCCGGUCAGCCCGACAACUGGAAGAACCGCGAAGAUUGCAUCACAUUCAGAGAGGAGCAUUGGAACGAUGCCAGUUGCACGUACACGCGCCGCGUGUUCUGUCAGCGGGACUCUCUGUCCGGUCGAUGGAUCAAGGAAGGGGACAAGGAGUACUUCUUCAGCCCGGAUAUCUUGUUGUCCUUCAACGACGCCAUUCUCUACUGCGCAGACUAUUCUGCCACGCUCGCUGAGGCUCGAGAUGCAAAUGCAGUGCCGUUUGCUGCGCGGUUUGCAUGGCACGGACCCACGGACGAAGUAUGGCUUAACUUCAACGACACAGACAGCGACGAGUGUGAGGAGGGCAAGUCCCAGGAUUUGUCUGGACAAUACAGCUGCAAAGACGGCGAGGUGUUCUGCCUUGACACGGGUUAUGGCGAGAGUGUGCCGGUGACACCCACAUCCGACCGCCUCUGCACACAGUGCCAGCCAGGAACACGGUGGACGACGACUGUGCUGCCAACUGGCGAAACGGUUGGUGUGUGCACAGCGUGCUCGUCAGGAACGUAUCAGGACAAACCGGGACAGACCAACUGCAUUUCCCAGCCAUCGUGCGACCCAGGCACCUACAUUCUCAGGGAGGACGUCUCGUUUAAGCGCGAGUGCCGCGCAUGCAAUGGCGUCACAGAGUACCAGGACGAGUCAAACCAGUACGAGUGCAAGCGCGUGACGGUGUGCACGUCCUCGGAGUACGAGGUGGAGCCGCCAACAGCAGAGCUGGACCGCCGCUGCAGAUCAUGCGAGCUCGGCAUCACCUUCCUCGAUGCCGCACUGCAACAAUGUCAGCCCGUCACAGAGUGUGCACCAGGAACAGUUGAAUCCGAGGAACCGACACUCGUUUCCGACAGGGAGUGUCGUGCUGAGACAUUCGCGUGCACAGACGGGCAGCAGGACGGAGAUGGCCCCACGUGCGCGUGCAGCGUUGACCACUGUCACACCUGCACGAAACAGCCGCUCUCCGAGGACAAAUACGGCGCCAUUCUCCUGCAGGUCAACCGCCAUCCCCAGCUCUCCACGCUCGUGCGCCCAUGCCAGCAACUCGGCCCACAAGAUGAUUACGUUGCGGGCUGUGUGACUGAAUGUCGCAAUGAAACGGAUUGCACUGCGUUCUUUGUCGGUGUCAGCGGUGCCGAGGAAGGCAUCUGCUGCCUCUACUCGUCCUUCUCCGCCAUUGGAUCGUACAACCGGCCCGGUGGUUCAUUUUACGCACUCUCACAGUGCGAUGUGUGUGAUGAUGGCUACUUCAAGUCAGGCAUCGGCUGUCGAAAGUUGUCUGUACCGCCAAGCGUGGGACAAGCGGAGCAGGCAAUCACGCUGCCGCUCACAGCGACGUUGGGCACGGAGGUUGCUCGUGUAAACGCAACGGUGGAAGCGGGCUAUGGGCCCCUUUCCUUUACGCCGACGCGACCGAGCGAGGUGUUUGCAGUGAACGCGUCGACUGGCGUUGUCACGCUAAUGCAGCCGCUGGCCGUCGCCUCCGCCAUCUCGAUCACCAUCGCAGUUGCGGAUGCGCGGGAGGAGUGUUUUGCGUUGAACGAGGCGGGCACCGAUGUCACUAUCACUGCAGGAGGAUGCGUCUCACACACCACCUUGAACAUUCAGAUUGCAGUGUUUAUUGACUGCCCCAAGGACGAGAGCUACUACCUGGCGCCGGAACUGGAUGCGCUUGAGGUGUCGUGGACACCACCGCGCCUGCCGUCCUUCCUCUCCCUCGACGUACACAACAACACACCCGCUCCACCCGUCUCCUUUGGCGAGGGCAUCCACACGGUCGAGUACAUCGCGGGUCCGCUGGACGUUGGCGGCAACCUGCAGUGCGUGUUUGACGUUGCGCUCCGCUACGGCUUCUCCAUCCUCGUGGAGAGCAUUGGCCACGCCACCAGCGGCCCGCUGCUGCAGGACUUUCUGCUCGCCGACGCCAACCUGGUUGAUGGCGGUGCUCGCCCGCGCGGCUUCAGCGGCGACAUCAUCUCCCGCCCACUCGCCAUUGGCCUGCAGUCCAAGCCAGGCCUCCCCUUCACCAUCUUCACACGCAACAGCGUCCAGGGCCGGGUUGUCGUGCAGCUGCAGUGGUGCACGAGCGGUAGCGUGCCGAGCGACCCGGCCGCGUUUGUGAACGGCACCACCACCGUCAAGCUGCUGCAGCCAAGCGACCCGCUCCUGUCGGCGUCUCUUGUGUUCACCGAUCGCGGGUCUGGCGUGACAGACGAUGGCCGCUGCUUCCGUAUCGCUGCGGAAUCCUCGCCCGUUGCAGGCACGCUCUCGUUCUCGGGGGUGGACAUUGCGUUCACGUACACCGGUCCCGCGCGCGCCCGCCGCUCGCCGUCAUCGCCCAGCGUCACCAUCAGGGACUAUGCCCCACGCGAGCCAAACUUUGUUGUGGUGCAGUUUGGCACCGAGGACGGGUCGCCACUUGACGACAACAGCGGCCCGUUCCUGUCGCAGGAGGACACCAUCGCCCCACGCUGGCUCAACUGCCCAACCGCACCCGUGGUCGCGCACGCACUGCCGGGUGAGGCAACUGCCGUGGCCGAUUGGGAGGAGCUGGUGGCUGUCGACAACGUGCAGGUGGUGGAGACGCAUGCGACACACAUGCCGGGCGACAGCUUCUCUGUCGUGCAGUCCCCACACACGGUCACAUACACGGCAUCGGAUGGCACGCUAUCCACGGAGUGCACGUUCCAGGUGGAGGUCACCUUCGAUCCCAUCACCGCUGAUGUCGUGGCCACCUCGGAUGCCGUCUUCUCCGUCUCUCACCAGGUCCUGCCGCUGCUGCACACGCAGACCUUCACCCACCACCUGAUUGGCGGACCAAACGACACGUCCCUUGCGUCAUUCACACUGGACGCCGCGUUUGUCACUGCCAUCCGCUUCACGGUGCUGCCGCCGCCUGGGGAACACUUCUUUGUGCGAACGGUGGCAGGCGCCGAGCGCGGCCAGCUGGAGGUCGACUUUGUGUUUUCCGUCGCCGGUGCAUCUGUCGCCCUCGAUUCGCUCGCGUUUGAUGAUGACGCGGUUGUGGCGUAUGAGCUGGGCCAGUUUGCGCUGGACACGACACCGGCUGCUGAUGGCUUGGAUGCCGACGAGCUACAGGACUCCCUGGCACCCAAGGGCACCAUCGACCACGCCCACGUGCUCGUGGAUGGCAGUGCAGGCGUGAUUGUCGUGCGCGGAACAGCAACAGACACGUUCAGACGCGGGUUCUCCUUUGGUACGAUGUCGUUGCAGGUGUCGUUCCCGCUGGGCCGCAACUUCACCUCCCUCGCGCAGGCAUUGACGGGCAGUGGCGGUGGUGGUGGUGGCAGCGCUGCUGCGACUACACCGGCCAUGGCGCUUGGGACCAACACCACGACGACGACAACAACGACACCAACAGUGCCGACCAUGACAGCAUCAAUGCCAAUGACGACGGCGGCAAAUAGCUCAAACACAACAGCGACUGGAGGCGUGGCGAGCUCAGCAACAACAGCCGUGCCGUCAACAAGUACAGCUACUGCCGCUGCCGAGACGCUGCCCUUUCUCAUGCAGAGCGGGUCCUUCUUGGGCUUCAAGGUGUUUUUACCUGCGAAUGACCCCGAUGAUCCGAGAGGCUUCCUGUCGCUCCUGGAUACGCAGGCGCCGUUUUUCCGCCGCUGCCCCUUCAGUCUCCACCGCGACAUUGACGUGGUGCUGGCCACCGUCCCCAGAGAACCGCAUGCCAUCGCCAACUGGACGCUGCCCGUUGUUGACGACAACCGCGGGCGUGACCAGCUCACCCUGACGUCCAACGUACCUGCUGGCGGCGUGUUUGCACUGCAGGCGCCGGGCGAUGCGCCAUACGCCGUGCAGUACACGGUGGCGGACCUGUUUGGCAACACGGCCACGUGCGACUUUUUCGUUGCUGUGCGUGACUUUGAGGCGCCGCGUGUGCUUGUGGUGGACGAUGUGGUGGUUACACUUCCAUCUGCGCCAUACUCCCCUGGGCACGCCGUGCUGGCCACGGUGACCCCAGAACAGGUGCGAGCCGCCACCAACACCACAGACAACAGCGGCGCAUUCACGUGGACGGCGCCCGCCACGGCCCUUGCCCUGGGCACGGGCGAGACUGACGUGAUGGUGGAAGCAGAGGACGAGUGGGGGAACAAAGGCAGCGCUGUGGUGCGUGUGCGUGUCCUUGACACCACACCGCCCACGCUGUUCUGCAAUGACCCUUCCCCUGUGGUGACGCCCGGCGUGCAAGCGGAGGCAGCGGCGGUUAACUUCACUGCGCCAUCGUAUGUGGACAACGUUCCCACAGCGGCCACCCUGACAUACUCGCAUGCGCCAGGAAGCCUGUUUCCUGUCGGCACGACACACGUGAACGUGACGGCAACAGAUGCCAGCGGCAACGCCGCAUUGUGCGUGCUGGCAGUGGAGGUGAUCCCCUUCCAGGCCGCCACGGCCCCGGACAACACCAACAUCGUGGCGGGCGCCUCUGGCGGCGGCGCCUUCUUGCUUGUGCUGCUUGCUGUGUUUGCCGCGCUGUACUACCGGCAGCGCAAGCGCAUGCGGCGCCCGCAGAACUGGGACGAAAUCUUCGAGAUGAUUGAGCAGUUCAAGGGGCGGAAGGACGGCAGCGACGGGCCCGUGGUCCCGCGCGAGCUGAACCGCGCCAACAUCAAGCUGCUGGAGGAGCUUGGCAAGGGCGCGUUUGGCAUCGUGUACAAAGGCCUGCUGACGGAGGCACCGAUCCCGGGCUACCUCGUGGCGUGCAAGAGCCUGCACGCCAAGGCAACCGCUUCCGAGCGCAUCGAGUUGAUGGAGGAGGCAGCCGUGGUGGCGCAGUUUGACCACCCAAACGUGCUGCAACUCAUCGGCGUCGUGUCUGUGGGCAAGCCCGUGCUGGUGGUGCUGGAGUUUAUGGAGUACGGCAGCUUGCGCUCGUAUGUGCAAGACAACGACGUGGACGAGGCCACGCGGCUGUUGUUCGCUGGCGACUGCGCCGAGGGCCUCAACCACGUGCACAGCAAAGGGUUUGUGCAUCGUGACAUUGCUGCGCGCAACAUCCUCGUCUCCAGCGAGCGGCGGUGCAAGGUUGCAGAUUUUGGGCUGGCGCGCGACACGGAGGAGAGCGACUACUACCGCUCGCGUGGUGGCCAGCUUCCCGUUCGCUGGUCCGCGCCUGAGGCCCUCGAGGAUCGCAAGUUCACGCGGGCGACCGAUGUUUGGUCCUUUGGAAUUUUGUGUCACGAGAUCUGGACACGCGGCAAGAUGCCGUAUGACGGCUGGGGAAACCAGAAGGUCUGGGUGAUGGUGUGCGACGGGUACCGUCUGCCCAAGGCCGAGACGUGCCGUGAUGUGGUGUAUGAGCAGCUGCUGGCGUGCUGGCACGCUGAGGCAGAGAGGCGGCCGAGUCUUGCUGAUCUGGCGGCCUUCUUCCGCGAUGAGUACGAGGCCUACACCGGCGAGUCGUUGCAGCCCAAAGACGAAUACCUGGCCAUCGGCGACACCCCACACAGCGGCACAAAGAAGCCACGCAGAUCCCUCAGUGGGACACUGGGAACGCUGCUCAGCGGCUUCCGUCGUCGCUCGUCACAAGCUGGCAUGGUCCACAAUCCAGUCUACCAGGAUGUUGAGAUGUCACAGCUGGUUGAGGUGGCCGAGGAGGACGGUGAUGGCUCUUGCCGACGUAACCAGGACCCACACCAGCUGUACGACAUGGGUGAUGGUGGCGAUGCUGAUGCUGCUGGCAACAUUAGCAUCGACAGUGAUGAUGAUGGCCGUGAUGAUGGCGAUGAAGCGAGGCAGUUGUAUGAUCUGGGAGACGUGGAUGAAGGCGUGGGGCAGACUGCACUCACCACCAACGCUGCAAGCAGCCGGAGCGGCAGCACAAGCACCAGCGAUAGAGACAGCGUUGACGACAUGCCGCAAGGAUUUGGCGACACCUUUGAGGAGCCCGUCACGCAGCAGGUGACGCCGACGAAGCGAAAGCACCGGGGAACCUCCGUUGUGGACGAGCACCCAUUUGGCUUCAGCGACAGCAGCGCAAACGAGGAUAAUUUGCACAGCGACGACGACCUGCUGCUGUACGGCAAUGUGGACACGCACCACAGACAGCGCGAUGGCGACAGUGGUGGUGACGCGACAGCGGCAACAAACACGACCGCGCCCAUCGCAGCCAGCGACGUUGGGCGGCGCGUGCGCGUACAAGGGUAUGAGUGCCUGGGCACGAUUGCUUUCGUGGGCAAGCACGCUACCAAGGGCACAGACCGCGUUGGUGUCAUCUUGGACCUCCCUCGCGGGUUGAACAACGGUACCGUGGGUGGUGUGCAGUACUUUUCGUGUGAGCACAACAAGGGCAUUCUGUGCGUUCCUGCCAAAGUGUCCCUGAUGGAUGACUGUUCGUGAGUGUCGUUAGUGUGGGUGGCUGAAUGAGAAUGUAGGUGUACGUUCGAGGUGUGUGUGCGUGCGCGAGUGUGUGUAGGUGUGUGCGUGUGUGUGUGUGUGUGUGCGUGCGUGUGUGUGUG